GUAAACAAGCGAAGAAGAAAUCCGGUUAGAGUCUUACUUCCGGGAACUUCUGGAAGCUGUAGCUUCCUUUUCGAAGCGGUUCCUUUACCUAAAGAACGUUUUCCCUGCCAGAAAAUCAGUUUAUUUGACAAUGUUGCGAGGUUUAGGCUCUUGGUUGGGCUUGGAGAACCCGACGGACGCCAACACGUCGAAUGACACGGAAGAGGAAGACAAGCAGAAGCUGGAGGAAAAAGUGGUGGAAGCACAAAACGAGGUAAACAAACAGCAAGUGGAUGCUGAUGGCCACCAUGAAGAAGAACGAGGUGACGUGGAGACGAAUCAGGAGCUCAAUAAAGGACUUGGCGACUUCAUCUUCAGUUUUGCAUCCAAUGCAACCAAGAAGCUGUCCGAGUCAGUGGUCGUAACAGCACAGAGCAUUAAGAGGAGCGUCGAGGAGGGGAAGAUCGACGGCAUUAUUGAUAAGACCUUCCUCGGAGACUUUCAGAAAGAGCAAGAGAAGUUUGUCCAGGAAAAGAAGUCCAAAAGAUCAGAAGCAGCAGUGCCUCCCUGGGUUGGUUACAAUGAGGAGGAGACCAUUCAGCAGCAGAUCCUCGCUCUGUCAGCUGACAAGCGAAAUUUCUUGCGUGACCCACCGGCUGGCGUGCAGUUCCACUUCGACAUGGAGCAAAUGUUUCCGCUGGCUGCUGUCAUGUUGGAGGAAGACCAGUUGCUUAACCGCAUGCGCUUUGACCUCGUCCCCAAACACGUGAAGGAGGAAGUAUUCUGGAGAAACUACUUCUACCGCGUCUCGCUCGUCAAACAGUCUGCUCAGCUGACGGCAUUGGCGGCCCAGCAGCAGCAGCAGCAGCAGAAAGUGGCCGGUGACGGACAGGACACCGUCUCAUCCAGUGACAUCAUUUUAACAGACAACGUCAGGCCCAAAACGCCGCCCGUUUCCAUCAGCGACAACCAGACGCCGGCUCCGGAUGAAGAUUUUUCCAUCUCCACCAGUCCUGGCGUCUCCGAAUUUGUGAGCGACGCCUUUGAAUCGGCGGCCAUCGACAGCGAGGACCUGCAGAAAGGAAUGGAGCAGCUAGUGCUCGACAAGAAGGACAGCCUCCCCUCUGUUGACGAGGAUCAGUCAGACUGGGAGAAGGAGCUGCAGCAGGAGCUCCAGGAUUACGAGGUGGUGGCCGAGUCGGACAACCGGGAUGAGCAGUGGGACCAGGAGAUCGAGGAGAUGCUGCAGGCAACCGACCCUUAAAGCGUGCCACGGUACGGCCGCUUUUUUUUUUUUGCCCCCAAGUGAUAUUAAACCUUAGAACUUUGCCGGAUCAAGGACUACCUGCAGUUUUAUUGAAAGAAUACCUUGUCACCUCUGCUGGGAUAGGAGUUGUAAUGACAAGGAAAUGCUCUAGGGAGCGCUCCAGUGCAAACAAUCACAAACACCGCUUAACUUACAGAUGCAAUUUUUUUUUCCUUUUCUUGUACAGCCAAAACUCUUAUCUAAUACACAAGUGAAAUAUUAAAAAGAUGAAUUAUGUAAAUAAAAACACUUACAAAAAUAUCUUUUUAUGGAUCUUUUACUUGUAAUGAAUGAUCAUGUCAAGGUGGGUAGAGUAGCGUUACUUUAAAAUAUUACAGAAGUGAAAGUAGUCAUCCAAAAAUUGAAGUACAAGUAAAGUAUUCAGUGAAAAGAAUACUCAAGUAAUGAGUAGCUGCUAACACUGUCCGAUUUUUUAAAAAAACAAUGGUAUCUUUUUUUUCUUAGCACAAAUGCACAAAAAUCAUCAAAUUCCAACUAGAAAAAUCUACAGAAAGGAAACAAGUUAACAACCCGUCCAAAGCGCAUGAGUUCCCUCUAGUGGAGAAAACAUGUCCUAGCGUGAAAUUAAGACUACUAUAUUUCCACUUUUCCGUGGUCCAUUCAUGCCAAAAAAAAUUGGGGAAAACGUUGAAAUCCAUGCUUUCAAGUAAUAUUGACGGCAGUAUGCUAAUAGUUUUUUUUUUUUUUUCACGGCACCUUGAAGACCACGUGAUUGAACACGCUGGCGUGAUCAUAGGACUUCCGAGUGCAAACUUGUGUAUGUGUCAUUUGGCUGUAAUUAUUACGUUUGAUUUGUAUAAUGGAGUUGAGAUUUUGAAAGUAUAGCAUUGUGAAACUACCAAGAAAUAAAUUUUUCUCAAAAUGUU